CUGCGCUGCCCGCCCGCCCGCCCGCCUUUAUAACGCGGCGAGGCCCAGUGCGGUGGCAGAGAACCCAAGGACGCGCAUCCGCCUUCCCCUUCCUCGCUCCUCUUCGAGAUCCGCGCGGAGGGCCACCGCGACCACUCCGGUCGGUUCCGGCGAGGUGCCGCGCGGCUGUAGCAGCACAAAGCAGACAAAGGUGCGAUUUUUUUGGGGGUUCUUGGUCCAGCAGUAGUUGGUGGAGAUAAAUCGCGUGAAGGUCGGUGCUCUGGUACAUGUUCGCCAGGCACUAAUGGCAUUUGGCCGAGGUGGGAAGAUGGACGGCCGCCGGCCGUCCUCGACGUCGUCGUCGUUCUGCACGACCACCACGGUCGUCGUCUUUGUGGCGCUCUGCCUGGUCGGCGCGUGGAUGAUGACCUCGUCCACUGUCUUCCCGCUGGAGAUCUCCUCGAAUAAGAAGCCGGUGGUGAAGCAGCAGCCUGCGCCUGUCAAUUUUGGGGCCUCACAGGACAAUGCUGGUGAAGGUUCUGAGAAAUUUGAGGACACCGACAACAAUGAUGCCACGAUGCCGGAGGAGCCGAAUAACAAGGAUGCCACGAUGGAAGAGAAGUUCACUGAGAAGCCAGAGGAGAAGCCUGAAGAGAAGGAGCCGGAAGUGCCGACAGAGAAAGCUGAGACCAAGGAUAUGUUUGAUGAUGCAAAUGGAAAAUCAGAAGGGCGGUCAGAUGACAUGAAGAACGAUGGUGACGGGGAGAAGAGUGGGGAGAAGAAAGAUGAUGAAAUCACAAAUGAGAGUGGUGAUGAAAAACCUGAUGGAGAGAGCAAGGAUGAUCAAGAAGAGAAGCCUGAAGGUGAUGCCACUCAGGAGGAGCAACCUCAGAUAGAAGAGAAGGUGGAAGAAAAUGGAGAGAAGGAUCAGAGCUCAAACUCCAACGAGGUAUUUCCUGAUGGGGCCCAAUCAGAGCUUCUGAAGGAGUCAAAUACCCAGAAUGGUUCAUUCCCCACACAGGCUGCAGAGUCCAAGAAUGAAAAGGAAGUCCAAGCGUCAUCAAAGUCUUCAGGUGAUGCGACUAGCUAUUCCUGGAAACUAUGUAAUAGCAGUGCCUCGACAGAUUACAUACCUUGCCUUGACAACGAGAAGGCUAUCAAGAAGCUUCGAACUACUAAACAUUAUGAACAUCGUGAGAGGCAUUGCCCUGAGGAGCCUCCUACCUGCCUUGUUCCACUCCCAGAAGGAUAUAAACGCCCAAUUGAGUGGCCAAGGAGCAGGGACAAGGUAUGGUACAGCAAUGUUCCUCACACUAGGCUCGCAGAGUACAAGGGACAUCAAAAUUGGGUUAAAGUAUCAGGUGACUACCUCCUGUUCCCUGGGGGUGGGACUCAGUUCAAGAAUGGUGCCCUCCACUAUAUUGAUACUAUUCAGCAGGCACUGCCUGAUAUUGCAUGGGGCAAACGAAGCCGCGUCAUUCUAGAUGUCGGUUGUGGAGUUGCCAGCUUUGGAGGCUACAUGUUUGAUAGAGAUGUGCUUACCAUGUCUUUUGCUCCGAAAGAUGAGCAUGAAGCUCAAGUACAAUUUGCAUUAGAAAGGGGAAUUCCAGCAAUAUCAGCUGUGAUGGGCACCAAGAGACUUCCAUACCCCAGCAGAGUCUUUGAUGUCAUUCAUUGCGCUCGCUGCAGGGUCCCUUGGCACAUUGAAGGUGGCAUGCUUUUGCUGGAAUUGAACCGCUUGUUACGCCCUGGUGGUUACUUUGUCUGGUCUGCCACUCCUGUUUACCAAAAGCUCCCAGAGGAUGUUGAGAUUUGGAAUGCGAUGUCCACUUUGACAAAGUCCAUGUGCUGGAAGAUGGUCAACAAGACUAAGGAUAAGUUAAAUCAAGUUGGUAUGGUCAUAUUUCAGAAACCAAUGGACAACAUUUGCUAUGAGAAAAGAUCCGAAAACAACCCACCAUUGUGCAAGGAAUCUGAUGAUGCAGAUGCAGCUUGGAAUGUACCUUUGGAAGCAUGCAUGCACAAACUGCCUGUUGGCUCGAAAGUUCGAGGGUCAAAAUGGCCAGAGUUUUGGCCACAAAGGCUUGAGAAGACUCCUUUCUGGAUUGAUGGUUCCAAGGUUGGGGUCUAUGGAAAGCCUGCAAAUGAAGAUUUCGAGGCAGAUAAUGCUCACUGGAAAAGGGUUGUAAGUAAAUCGUAUGUGAAUGGCAUGGGAAUUGACUGGUCCAAAGUGAGAAAUGUAAUGGACAUGAGAGCUGUGUAUGGAGGUUUUGCUGCAGCUCUGAGGGACCAAAAGGUCUGGGUCAUGAAUAUUGUGCCGAUUGAUUCACCAGACACACUGCCCAUCAUUUACGAGCGUGGUUUGUUUGGUAUGUACCAUGACUGGUGCGAGUCUUUGAGCACUUACCCAAGAACUUAUGACCUUCUGCACGCGGACCAUCUAUUCUCAAAGCUCACAAAGAGAUGCAAAUUGAUGGCAGUUUUUGCCGAGGUUGAUCGUGUACUGAGGCCCCAAGGCAAACUGAUUGUGAGGGACACUGCGGACACAAUAAACGAACUGGAAAGCAUGGCCAAGUCCCUGCAGUGGGAGGUGCGAAUGACCUACACCAAGGGCAACGAGGGCUUGCUUUGCGUCGAGAAGUCGAUGUGGCGGCCCAAGGAACUCGAUGCAAGCACGUGAAAUAUAUGUGUUGAAGAGAACUGUUACCAAGUAGGGUAAAAUUAGAGGAAUUUUUGUCACUAGAUAUGCAUAUGAUUCUUGUUGAUGCUGAAAGGACAAACUCUUUGGUGUAACUGUAGAAUAAUACACAUCUGUUUUCCCCCAUUUGUUGUUUCAUUCUCAACGCUGCUGUAAGAUAGUGUGCUGGAAAUCACUGGUACAUUCUGUUCAAUUGGGCAGCUUCUUCAGUUUGUCGGAUAGCAGUCGAACAAUCUUGUGCAUAAUUGCAUAUGCUA